AUGGCUAUGGAAAAGGGAGUGUACAAAAUCAGAGUAAACUCAAUAUCCUCUGGACUUUCCAAAUCGGAGAUCAUGCAGGGUCUUAUGCGAAAGGACUGGCUUAGUAAUGUUGCCCAGAAAACAGUCCCUUCGAGAACAUUUGGCACUGCAGAUCCAGCAUCAACAUCCCUUGUCCGAUACCUAAUCCACGAGUCUUCAGAAUAUGUGACAGGCAACGAUUUCAUUGUCGAUGCUAUUAAGGAAGAUGCUGGGGCAACCCUACCGGGAGUCCCUCUGUUCUCUUCGCCUUGA